AUGGCAUUGGUUAAAGUGUCUAAGCAACGGUUGCAAACUAUAAGAGAUGAUGGUUGGUCUCUUUUACUUGACGAAGUCUCAUUGUUUUGUGACAAAUAUAAUAUUACUGUUCCAAAAAUGGAUGAUAUAUUUGUGUCACAAGAAAGAUCAAGACGCAAAGCUCAAAAUAUCUCAAAUUUGCAUCAUUUUCAAGUUGAGAUAUUUAAUCAAGUAGUUGAUAGACAACUUCAAGAACUCAACAAUCGUUUUACAGAAGUGGAUAUUGAAUUACUUCUUUGUAUAGCUUGUCUGAAUCCAAGACACUCAUUUCUUGCAUUUGAUAAGGAGAAGUUAAUCCAGUUAGCUCAAUUCUAUCCAUUAGAAUUUUCUUCUACUCAACUUUUGGCACUUGAUAGUCAACUUGAGAACUUCAUACUAGAUGUGCGUUCUGAUGAUCAAUUCUCAAACUUAAAUAGAAUUGGUACUCUUUCUCAGAAAUUGGUUGAGACUCGAAAAAAUAUUGUUUAUCCAUUAGUAUUUCUUCUUUUGAAGUUAGCUUUAGUUUUGCCUGUAGCAACCGCAUCAGUUGAAAGAACUUUCUCUGCUAUGAACAUCAUAAAAAGUUGGCUUCGCAACCGUAUGGGAGAUGAAUUUUUAAAUGAUUGUUUAGUGACAUACAUAGAAAAGAGACAUUUGAUUGUAUUGACAAUGAAAAAAUUAUUCAAUCUUUUCAAGAUAUGA